CCCGCUGUGCCCGCCGCCUCGGCCCGGGGUGGCGGCCGCCCCGGCUCCGCGCGCAGACCCCGAUGCCACCUCCCCGCGGCGCGCGGCGCUGAGCCCGGCCCGGCGGCUCGGACGCCGCUCCCUCGCCUCCUCCCGCCGCCGCGUGGAUGCCAAGGACCAGCCUCCCCGGCCCCUCCACGUCCCCACUGCGCCCUCCGGACGCGCUCCGCGGGAGCGGAGAAACUUCGGGGCCCGCGCCGUACUCCAGCGGCACCAUGAAGGCGGCCGAGGAAGAACACUACAGCUACGCACCCCCCACCGUCGGCUCCACCCUGCCUCUUCCGGCGGCACACGCCUCCCUGCCGGCGCCCUGCCAUGACCUCCAGACCUCCGCCCCCGGCGCCCCGGCCGUCCCUCCCGCCGGCCACCCUUCGGGGUACGGAGGCGCCGUGGACAGUGGGCCCUCCGGGUACUUUCUGUCUUCCGGCGGCAGCCGGCCCAACGGGGCUCCGGCCCUCGAGAGCCCCCGUAUCGAGAUCACCUCCUACCUGGGCCUGCACCACGGCGGCGGCCCCUUCUUCCACGACGUGGACGUGGAGGACGUGCUCCCCAGCUGCAGACGCUCUCCGUCCACCGCCACGCUGCCCCUGCCCGGCCUGGAGGCCUACCGAGACCCGUCCUGCCUGAGCCCCGCCAGCAGCCUCUCCUCCCGCAGCUGCAACUCGGAGGCCUCCUCCUACGAGUCCAACUACUCCUACCCCUACGCCUCGCCCCAGACCUCCCCCUGGCAGUCCCCCUGCGUGUCCCCGAAAACCACAGACCAGGAGGAAGCCUUUCCCCGCGGCCUGGGCGCCUGCCACCUGCUGGGCUCUCCCCGCCAUUCGCCGUCCACCUCGCCCCGGGCCAGCGUCACCGAGGAGAGCUGGCUGGGGGCCCGCGGCUCCAGGCCCGCGUCCCCCUGCAACAAGCGCAAGUACUGCCUCAACGGCGGCCGGGCCCCCGGCUCGCCCCACCCCUCGCCCACGCCCUCGCCGCAGGGCUCCCCCCGCGUCAGCGUGACGGAGGACACCUGGCUCAGCAACACCACCCAGUACACCAGCUCGGCCAUCGUGGCGGCCAUCAACGCCCUCACCACCGACGGCAGCCUGGACCUGGCGGACGGCGUCCCCGUCAAGUCCCGCAAGACGGCCCUGGAGCACGCGCCUUCCGUGGCGCUCAAGGUGGAGCCGGCGGGCGACGACCUGGGCGCCACCCCGCCCGCCUCCGACUUCCCGCCCGAGGACUUCGCCUUCCAGCACCUGCGCAAGGGCAGCUUCUGCGAGCAGUACCUGUCGGUGCCCCAGGCCCCCUACCAGUGGGCCAAGCCCACGUCGCUGUCCGCCGCGUCCUACCUGAGCCCGUCUCUGCCCGCCCUGGACUGGCAGCUGCCGCCGCACUCGGGCCCCUAUGAGCUGCGGAUCGAGGUGCAGCCCAAGUCCCACCACAGGGCUCACUACGAGACGGAGGGCAGCCGGGGGGCUGUGAAGGCGUCGGCAGGAGGACACCCCAUCGUGCAGCUACAUGGUUACUUGGAAACUGAGCCGCUCACUCUGCAGCUGUUCAUCGGGACGGCGGACGACCGCCUGCUGCGGCCCCACGCCUUCUACCAGGUGCACCGGAUCACGGGCAAGACCGUCUCCACCACCAGCCACGAGGCCCUCCUCUCCAACACCAAGGUCCUGGAGAUCCCGCUGCUGCCGGAGAAUAACAUGCGAGCCAUAAUUGACUGCGCUGGGAUUCUGAAGCUCAGGAACUCUGACAUCGAGCUGCGGAAAGGGGAGACCGACAUCGGCAGGAAGAACACCAGGGUGCGGCUGGUGUUCCGGGUCCAUGUCCCUCAGCCCAGUGGCCGGGUGCUGUCCCUCCAGGUGGCCUCAAACCCCAUCGAGUGCUCUCAGCGGUCUGCCCAGGAGCUGCCUCUAGUGGAGAGGCAGAGCACAGACAGCUACCCAGUCGUCGGCGGGAAGAAGAUGAUCCUGUCCGGCCACAACUUCCUUCAAGACUCCAAGGUCAUUUUCGUGGAGAAGGCUCCAGAUGGCCACCACGUCUGGGAGAUGGAAGCAAAAACAGACCGAGACCUGUGCAAGCCAAAUUCCCUGGUGGUUGAGAUUCCGCCUUUCCGGAACCAGAGGAUAACCAACCCAGUCCAAGUCAGCUUCUACGUCUGCAAUGGGAAGAGGAAGCGAAGCCAGUAUCAGCAUUUUACCUACCUUCCUGCCAAUGUUCCAAUGAUAAAGACGGAACCCACGGAUGACUUCGAGCCCGCCCUGACUUGCGGACCAGUGGGCCAGGGCCUGAGUCACCUCCCCAGGCCCUGCUACGGCCAGCAGCUCACCAUGCCGCCUGACCCCGGCACCUGCCUCGUGGCUGGCUUUGCCUCCUGUCCACAGAGGAGCGCCAUGAUGUCCACACCUCCGAGCACAAGCCCAAAGCUCCAGGACCUCUCCUCCGCUGCCUACGCGAAGGGCGGCUCUGGCCCGAGCCUCGGCGGCCACCUGGGCGUGCGGCCCCCCGCCGUGGACGCCCCCGCCCUGCAGGAAGUGCCCAGGCCCCUGGCCCUGCAGCCCGGCUCUCCUGAGCAGCCCCGGCCCGCCCUGCUGCAGCCGCAGGUGAGUCCACAUCUGAGCAGUAGCUGCUCCCUUGGUUGCCAACAAGCGUUCUGUCCCAGCAGCCCCUCCUCUCCACUGCCGUCCGCCGCCCACGAACCAACCUGCUCGCCGUCCUCUGCCCACCCUCCUGCCCUGGGCCAGCAGCAGCACCAACUGCCAAAGGUUCAAAGAAACGAGUCUCCGGCUGCCGGGCCGCUGUCACUGCCCGAGGUGCGUGAGGACAGUAGUCAUAAUUUGGCCCCUAUUCCUGUAACGAUCAAGCGAGAGCCUGAGGAGUUGGACCAGUUGUACCUGGACGAUGUAAAUGAAAUCAUAUGCAACGACCUCUCCAGCACAAACCCCAACUCGUAGGUCGGCGUGGCGGAGCUGGCGGAAGCUGCGUGGACUCGGCUCAGCGCGGACAGCUGGGCGUCAGCAAGCAAGACUUUCAAUGAAAUGGACCUGGUACCACUCAGAACUUCUCCCUUCCCGAAUGCUCAGAGCUGAACUUGUACCAUCCACGUGCAAAGAUGUAGCUCCUUCGUGGGGAAGGAGGGGCAGAGAGAGGCCGCAUCUCCUGGAGGACAAGCCAUCUCAAGGAAGCAAGGGCCGGCAGGGAGGCCAGGGACAGAGCUGGCCUCACGGGAAGAACCCCGUGGUCCCCCGGCACCCGUGGACCUCAAUACUGGAAGUGCCUUACUUAGACCACCCUAGCGGGACGCCCUGGCAGCAGGCACCGGAUUUGCUACCAUGGGAGUAUUCGUAGGAACAAGAACGAUAACAACAUUUCAUUAUGAGGCUUUAUCCUUUGAAUACAUUACCAGAGUUCUGGCAAGCUAGGGGUUGUGAGACACCCAGUAGGGCUUCCUACUUAUUUCCACUUCACAACUCGCUGCCUUAUCUGGUGCGUUUUAAGGCCUUCUCAUUGCCAUCUCAGCUCCUUCAGAACACUCUCUCCUCUGUGUGAUGAAAACCAUAGGGUUGUGAAUAGUAGCAUGAUGAGAUUUUCGUUUUUCAGUGCAGCUUUGGAACAUAGCACAAGGAAGUUGACGAGCACAAGAGGCGGAUGGGGCAGGAAAAAGCUGCCUGGGCAGCCCUCGCACACGCAUGUGUAUAGAUAGGCGUGUGUUUGUGCACCAGUAGUGAGUGGCAGCGACGAUGACCAGGCUGGGCCCCGGGGGGGGGGGGGGCUUCCAUGGUAGCAGUACCUGGCGUCCAUUUUGGAGAGCUCACCCGGGAGUCCAGACCUGCUCUCCGGCGCAGACGGCAGCGUGCGCUCACCUCACGCAGCCGUCUAGCACAUUAGAACGCUGCAGCGCCACGCUCAAAUGCCCCGGGUCACCACGUGACGAAGCUGGCAAGUAACUGUAAAUAGCCAUUACAGAAAGGAGUGUAAUAUAUUUGUUCAAUUAUAAGAUUAUUAUUUCACAGAAGCCUUAUCGCUCCCCGCUUCAACUAAGAAAACAAUUACCAAAAAAACGAUGUUUUCGUACGCAGCCGUGCGGAGUGUUUUCAGAUGAGUUACUGUUCGUAGAUAGGCUAGUAUAGGCUCUCCUGCUGCAUUUGUGCAAUUAGCUGCUUAUUAUGAUCGCUAGCAGUGACCUAUUAUUUCAUAUAACCAAAAAGCAUGGUUUAAUUAAAACAGGUUUAAUGACUGUGCCUUAGGAGUUGACGCCCCCUUAUGGAAGAUGCCCGAAUUGCACCUGUGGGUAGCCGUAGGUGAGUCCACAGAUGGAAGGGCCCCGCUCGCCAGGUUCAUCUGCAGAACUGUGUCUUACCUUCCGCUCGCAGAAAGAAGGCAAAGUCCAAAAGCCAUCUACGAACACUGGCGCGUGACGGCAGAGCGCUGGCGUGCCGCCACGUUGCACAGAGAGGCUGCCUCGGCCUGCGGCCCAGAACUGAGCCCUACUCAGCACCCCGGCGUUGCAUGUCCAUUCGUAGUAAGUUGUCAUACAGAGGAGGCAUUUGGUGUUUGUGUCGGCUGUCUUUGUAGUUAGAAAAUGGAUCCAAUAAAGCAGUAUUUUUGUUUUUUUUUUUUGCUGGA